AUGUCCUCAAAUAGCAUGUUCUCGGCCACCAUCGGCCGUCAAACUCCAAUACCAUUCACUCCAUCGUCACCACAGAUCCAGAGACAGACAACGACGCAGACACAGCAUCAGCGCCAACAACCCACCAUGUCAGAACCUCUCAUCGCUCUCGGCUCGAGGUACAACAUCGACCCCAACACGGGCGCUGUCCUCGUUCCCUUGGCUACUGUCAUUCAGAAAGUCAUGACAUAUUUUGCCGAUACCAACGGCAUCAAUGUCAAAGGUGAAGCCAACGCGAGCGCCAACAUCAGUAACACUGGCACCACCAGCACCAACCACAUCAACUACAACAGCGACAACGAUACCUCGCUAGGCGGUACUUACAGCAAUCCCAUCGCAUUCCAUAGCACCCCGCCGCACAAGCGCAAGCGCGAACGCGAGCGUGAACGCGAGCGCGACGACUACAGCGAAGGCUACAGCAAGUAUUCACCCAGGCCCUCACCACUUCCAUUCCCACUACAAAAGCGUCCUCGUGCAUCGCCCACGGCCUACAGCCCGCAAGGAUGGCGUUUCCCCUCACACCGCCCAGACACUCCACCGGACGAGACGCGCUGGCACAAGACGUUCCCACCGAAGCCCCAUCAUCCGUACAUCUUAGAUGAGCCGCUCCCGGCUCCCCAGGCCGAGGUCUUCCGACCGAAGGUGACUCUGCCAUCUGAGACUGCCCGCAGCAGCCCCGAACCGUACGAGAGAUACCACGCGCAGGAAUGGGAGGAGGAAGUAAAGGAGGAGGAAGUGAAGGAGGAGGAAGUGAAGGAGGAGGAAGUGAAUGUCACUCACACGCCGGCAUCCAGCUCCUCAGAGCCGUUCUACCCUCAGCAGACCGAGGCCCUCCCAGGCAUCGCAGAUAUAUUGAUGGGACUGCCCAACACAUCCGCCAACUUCAGCCCAGUCGACAGAACCAACACUCCGUACCAGUCGCACCCGCAACCGGCACAGGACGCAGAACCGGACACGAGCUACGUGCGCGAGACCAAGCACUUCGACAGAACGUUCCCGCCCUGCCAGUCCAACACCUGCUUCCACAGGCGCGGCGCAGCUGUCAGUAGCCCCUUCGACCAUUACCGAUCCUACUACCAACCGGCGCCACACGCGGAGUCCCGGGAAAGGCUCGACAACGGCCGUUAUCAAUUUGUCAGAAGCGGCGGACUUGGGUGGAUGGAGGAGAGGACGGACGAGCGGGCGAGCGAUGAUGUACAGGGUUAUGAGACGUACGAGGGACGAGUGCUCACCCGCCGAUUCUAA